UAAGCAAGAACUCAAGUUUACAACCUCGACAUCAAUUUUAAAAAUUAUCUUGACCAGCAAUCGUUUGGCUCCAAGUUCACUCUUUAGACAACUCCUAAGCUACUCUACACUCAGAUAACUUUCCACUACGUUCAAGAUGUCAAUGGUAACCAUCUCUAGCCUACAACGCAUCACUGCGUCAAAGCUAGCUGAGAUGUUACUUGUCACCGCGAACCCACCGUCUUCAGACGGAACCAUAGCCAUUGUAGACGUGCGAGACGACGAUCACAUAGGCGGGCACAUCAAGUCAUCGCUGCAUUUCCCUAGCCGCAGCCUUGACGCUACCAUGCCCACCCUAUUGCGCAAGCUCGCCGACAAGGACAUAGUUAUUUUCCACUGCGCCUUGAGCCAGCAGCGCGGUCCUAGCGCCGCCCUCAGAUAUAUCAGAGAAAAGGAAGCGGCAGCCGCUGCAGUAAAGAGGGCUGCGGAGGAGGUAGAGGCUAAAAAGGAGGGUAAAGCGGCCAAGCAACAGCAAGUCUACGUUCUAGAUAGGGGCUUCGUCGGCUGGCAGGAAGUCUAUGGCCCUGAUGAGCGUCUCACAGAGGCGUAUAGAAAGGAGUUAUGGGAGAAUGGGUAUUAGACCAAGGCCACGACCAGAAAACCGUAGCGUUAGAGAUUGGCGUUUUUGUCAAGAUGGAUCAAGAAACAUGUCUAAUUGGCGAGUGUGGUUGUGGGUUAUAUUCGAGGAGGGGCCAAUUCCUUCACGCAGCUACAUGCAGCCCUCGGGAUGGCGAAAUAGAGUUCUAGACGUCAAGAUCAAGACGUGACAUUCCAUUGUAGAUCAAGCAUAGUUUAUUUAGUCAAAACUUUGAACCUCAGUACGCAUUGGCCCCUUCAGGUGGCGCUUAGCUCUGUACAGGGUUCGUCUUUUAUCAUAAAACCAGAUUUUUGGGCCUUAACGCUCGGGGCUUUAUACCUUGUAUAGCCCUUAUGGUGCGGACAUACACAGUGAUUCUCUUUAAGAGCUGUGGAAUAAGAUUUGAUUUUACGCAGACAGUUGAAG